AAUUGUUGAAAACCCUAAGCGUCGAUUGCCAAAGCCGUUUUUCUCUUGUGUUCAUAGUCGACCUGAGAAGAUGAAGCUUAACGUCGCCAAUCCGACGACUGGUUGCCAGAAGAAGCUUGAGAUCGACGAUGAACAGAAACUCCGUGCGUUUUAUGAUAAGAGACUCUCCCAAGAAGUCAGCGGAGAUGCUUUGGGCGAGGAGUUCAAGGGAUACGUUUUCAAGAUCAUGGGUGGGUGCGAUAAGCAAGGUUUCCCAAUGAAGCAGGGAGUUCUAACUCCAGGCCGUGUUCGCCUUUUGCUUCACCGAGGAACACCUUGCUUCAGGGGACACGGAAGGAGGACUGGAGAGAGGAGAAGAAAGUCUGUUCGUGGCUGCAUUGUGAGCCAUGAUCUCUCUGUUCUUAACCUUGUCAUUGUUAAGAAGGGUGAGAAUGAUCUUCCUGGGCUUACCGAUACCGAGAAGCCAAGAAUGAGAGGACCUAAGAGAGCGUCCAAGAUCCGUAAACUGUUUAACCUCUCGAAGGAAGAUGAUGUGAGGAAGUACGUCAACACUUACCGCCGCAAAUUCACAAACAAGAAAGGCAAGGAAGUGAGCAAAGCGCCUAAGAUCCAGAGGCUUGUCACUCCAUUGACUCUUCAGAGGAAGAGAGCUAGAAUCGCUGACAAGAAGAAGAGGAUUGCAAAGGCUAACUCUGAUGCUGCUGAGUACCAGAAGCUUCUUGCCUCGAGGUUGAAGGAACAGCGUGACAGGAGGAGUGAGAGUUUGGCUAAGAAGAGGUCGAGACUCUCUUCUGCUGCUGCCAAGCCCACCGUUACUGCUUAAUAAAGUUUGAGAAUCAUCUUUCUAGUUUUGUGUUCUUUUUGCGUCUCCGGAAUUCAAAAGAGUUGGUUCUAGUUCAUAUUUCAGUUGUUGCAUCCAUGACAUGGUUACACAACCACUUUCGACGUGUGUUUCUUAAUUUAUGCUCUUUUAGUUAAAAGGACCAUUUUAUAUUCGAUUUUUGUUCCUCUUUUUUAA